GCCCCGAGAGGGGCCCUCAAAUUUCCCGAUCUCGACGCUUCGACGGGGCGCCGCGGGGCGUCGCCUCGUGCGUCGGCUUUGAACAGCUGGCGGGGCAGCAGGCGGCGGUCGAGGCGGCGUCGACGCCGGCGCGGCGAGGGGGCCCAGCCGAGGCCGCCACACACGACGACGGCCCUCGCGGCGUCGUCAGAUAGUGCGUGCUCGCCCGCCGAGUGCAGCAGCUGCAAAAGGUCCCCCUCCUGGUCCACGCUCGUGUUGUCGACGCCUUCGCGUGGGGUGGCCCUCGAACGACAAGAUCUCCUCGGCGUCCCUGACCGAUCUUCGGAGAAAGCCCCGUGCGUCUAGCCGCCGCGGCACUUCGGCGGCGUCCCCUUCUCGCGUGGCGGGCUGCCUUGUUUUCGACUACGGACUUCGUGGCGAAACCCACGUGGUGCUUCGCGUCUCCGGCAAAACCGAAGCUGUCUUCGCUCCAUCGCUGAUUUCGUGCCUCGGACUUGGCCUGUUAUUCCUCACCGUGGCGCCGCCUCCGUCAUAACGCGAGCGCCGCGCACUUUGAAAACAACGCGAACGCCGCCGUUUGGUUUGACUUCGUCGCAACCGUCGUGUGAAGCACCAUGGAGGUGGCUCCGUACUUCUUGCUCCUGCUCGAGCUGCUGGGUGUCGUGGGGCGGUGCGUGUUGUCGGUGCUUGUGUACAUGCUUCGACUUGUGGUUCCCGUGAGCCGCAAGUCGCUGCGCGACAAGCACGUGCUCGUCACCGGAGCGGGACACGGGCUGGGACGCGAGAUCGCCCUACGCUGCGCGCAGCUCGGCGCUAAGCUCAUCCUGCUCGACAUCAACAAGGAGAACAACGACGCGGUGUGCGAGGAGCUCCGGCAGCUCGGCUGCGAGGCGCACGCCUUCCAGUGUGACGUCACCUCUGAGCAGCAGGUGGAGGCCGUGGGCGAGCAGAUCCUCAAGACUGUCGGGCCCGUCGACGUGCUCGUCAAUAACGCCGGCAUCGCCAUGUGCAAGGGCCUGCUCACGCUCAAGCACAGCGACAUCCGCAGGACGUUCGACGUCAACACGCUCUCGCAGUUCUGGAUGGUCAAGUACUUUCUGCCAUCCAUGAAGGACAGAGGAAGCGGCCACAUUGUGUGCAUCGCAUCCGUGGCUGGCCUCCUGGGAUCGCCCUUCAUGACUGACUACUGUGCUUCCAAAUUCGCGGCCCUGGGCUUCAUGUACGCUCUGGAGGAGGAGCUCUUCCACACGGGCUUCGAGUUCAUCAAGCUCACCACCGUGUGUCCCGUGUUCAUCAACACCGGCCUGUUCCCCAACGUCGGUGCCAGGUUCCCGCUGCUGACACCCAUCAUGGACACGAGAGACGUUGCCUACCGGGUGGUGGAUGCCAUCCAGCGCGACGAGUCCCUAAUCGUGGUGCCCCGUAUAGUCGAGGUCAUGUACAAGUGUCUCAAGCCACUGCCGGAGGACGCCCAGAAGAUGAUCCAGCGAUUCCUAGCCUGUUCCAUCCAGAAGCCGAGCGCGUGAUGACGGCGCCAUCUAUGCUUUCCACUUGGCACAGCCGGCAUCUUGAGACACGCACAUCUAUCCACUCGCUCGUCUACGGCGG